UGUUCCCGAGGAGACGACGGUGCGGUAGGAUGCAGCCGAGGCUCGUCAAGCCGCCGGGGCAGGACUUCGCGGUGGAGCGUCUGAAAAGUCGCUACGGACUGCGGGGCUGCCGCCCGGCCGAGUAUGCUGUUUCAAAUUUUGAUCAGGCUAAAUGUAAGAGAAGCUCUCUAACCUCCCCAGAUGAUUUGGAUCUGGACUCUUCUGUAGAUAAAGUUGGUUCCUUACUAAGAUGGUACUCUGAUGAAAGACAACAUUCCACUGUACCUCUUCGCAGUUCAUCCCAGCACUUCAACAUGAACCGCCUAGGUGAUGGACUGGAUUCUCUUCAUGAUUCAAAGCAAUGGGAAACAGAAGAAGAGCUAAUUGAGAAUGAUCACAGAGCUAGUAACUCCAAAAUAACCAAGCAGUCUUUUAAAGAAGUAGAAAAAGCAGUAGCCUCACCAUCUAAAAUGGCCUCAAAUUCAAGAAAUUGGACCGAAUGUUGUAGUGAUGCAGGUGACCCUCCUCUGAAACGUGUCAGCUGUCCAACAUCUAAUGCGUCGGAGAAGCAGAGUCUCCUUCCGCACCAGAUCAAUCAGAUAUACGAUGAGUUGUUCCAGAUACAUCAGAAGCUGCAGUGUGAGACUGCGGCACAGCAGGAGUUUGCUGAAGAACUUCAGAGGCGGGAACGUUACUUACUUGAAAGAGAACAGCUGCUCUUCAGACACGAAACUGCCUUGAGUAAAAUGAGAGGUGUGGAGGAAGAGGUGCUCACCAGGUUUCGGGUUAUGAAGGAGCAACAUGAUGCAGAAGUUGUGCACUUAACUGAAGUUCUUAAGGAAAAAAACAAAGAGAGCAAGCGGCUCAGGUCUUCCUUUGACACCUUGAAGGAACUGAACGACAGCCUGAAGAAACAGUUAAAUGACAUGAGUGAAGAAAACAAGAAGAUGGAGAUUCAGGCUAAACGAGUUCAAGCUCGUUUAGAUAAUUUACAGAGGAAGUAUGCGUUCAUGACGGUGCAGAGAUUGAAAGCAAACUCCCAUGCUGCUCACGAAACGAAAAGUCUAAAGCAAGAGAAAGUGCCAGCUUCAAAAACAUACAAGGUACCACCUAAUGCACAAGUCUAUGAGCUUUUAACUGUCUUCAUGGACUGGAUUUCGGAUUAUCACCUGCGCAGAUUGAGAAGUGAGGAACCCGGGACGGAUGGCGAAAAGCUGCAGCUCCAGCUCGCUUCUCAGAGAAACGAGAUUCAGGAGAGAUGUGUGAAGCUCCUGCCCACGAUGACAGAGCAGCUGCAGUGGAUGCCGUGUGUGAGCGCCAGGCUGCACGAGCCCUUCGCGAAGUUCAUCUACUGGUCUCUGCGGCAGCUGGAGGCCGGCGCGCUGCAUUCAACUAUGACAGCAACUUUGAGGAGAUUGGGGGAAGACAUAUUCAGAGGAGUGGUCACUAAGGGAACUCAGGACACUUCCUUAGAGCACUCUCUGGAGAAUAAGCCAAAGACAGCCGCUUUCUUUAGGAGCUCCCAUUUGCCAUUGAGAUUUUUAUCAACUUUAAUUGUUCUCAAAACAGUCACUCAAGCUGAUUACCUGGCUCAGGCAUUCGAUUCUCUUUGUUUGGACUUGAAGACAGAUGAAGGGAAAAUCUUAUUUUUGGAGUACCAAGCUGUCCCAGUAAUAUUAAGUCACCUGAGAAUAUCCAGUAAAGGGCUCUUACCCAAUGUCAUUGAUAGUUUGCUUCAGAUGACGGUGGAAUCCAAAUCCCUGCAGCCUUUCCUAGACGCCUGUAGCAACACUUUAUUUUUUCGUACCUGCUCUGUGCUGCUUCGAGCCCCCAAGCUCGAUCUUCAGAUACUGGAAAAGCUCAGUAUUAUUCUACAGAAACUUUCUAAAAUCAAGAGUAAUAAGAAGCUCUUCGAACUUUUCACACUUCAUCUGAUGCUUCAGGAAAUACAGAGGACAACCCAUCCCGAGCACGCCUUUCUCUGCAUCAACCUCAACUCCACCCUGUUCAACCUGGGCUUGACCAAGUGUGGCCCCCUGGCCCCCGCCGCAGGCCAUUAGGCUGCCUUAUUGCUACCUUCUGUAUUAUUGUGCUGCUUAUUUGUAGGAUUGCAAAAAUUAUCACAGAACUAAAAGUCUACCAAGUGAAGUUUCCAGUAACAUCAUUUAUCAUGAAAAAUAAGAGAGUAUUAACUUUAAGAACGAAAUCUAUAGAAGCUCUGAAAUUUUUGGAAUGUUACAGUUCAACUAAGGUACUA